GCUGAUUUGGUCAGUUGUAGAAAAUCAAUCAUACGCCACAUGCGCAGUGGCGGGCGUGGUGAGAAAUGUGCCAGGACUUUGACAGGCAACGAGUGGCAAGCAGAUGCCUCUUGAAAAGCGGUUGAAAUAAAUCGAGUAAAUAGUGAAUGUGCUAAAGCUGAAUUCAAUUCAAAGGUGUAACAACCAAAUCAGAUGGUAGUUGGUCAUAUAAGAAUGCCAAGUGGCUAAUUGCGCAGCCACUUGUGUGUGUUUUAUUUUGUUUAUCGAUUUGUGUAUAACGACGAACUUGCACCCUAUAUGUAAGUACCGCAGGCAAAACAACAGAGCAGCCCUCACGCCCAGCAAGUGGCCAAACUGGAAAAUAAUGCCAAGGUCCAAGAACCACAGGCAGUAAUUAAAAAGGCUUUGCCAGCGGAAAUCGUCGCGAAAACAAGAGUACAAUAUCAUGGAUGUUGGUGGCCAGGAAACCACCUAUGAGCCGCUGGACGGACGUGGUUCCGGGCGUUCGAGGAGCAGUCAUUCCACAACCGGUUCGGGACUGAGACGUCCAGGCAGCAUGGACAGCCCGGAGUUCGAUACCCGUGCACCCAAGGAUCAGAGGCACUCCGUCUACCUGGCUCUGCUGGCGGCGGGCAUUGGUUUCGUAUUGCCCUACAAUAGUUUCAUCAUAGCGGCGGACUACUGGCAGGCACGAUUCCCGGGUCGCCCGGUGGCCCUGGACAUGUCGAUGACGUACAUCUUCGUGGCCUUCGGCACCGUCCUGAUGAACAACAUAGUGCUAUCGGUGGCGCCGUUCCAGUCGCGGGUGCUCUUCGGUUACAUGAUAUCCUUCACCACACUGAUCUUCGUGGCGGUGUGCGAGGUGGCCUGGCACAUGUUCGCCUCCAAUACCGCAUAUCUGGUGAAUAUGUCAGCGGUGGCCCUGACCGCCAUCGGAUGCACCGUGCAGCAGUCCAGCUUCUAUGGAUUCGCCUCCAUGCUGCCCAAGCAGUACACGCAGGCGGUGAUGGCCGGCGAGAGUAUCGCCGGCUUUCUGGUGUCUUCCAAUCGAGUCGUUACCAAAUUGCUGAUCAACAACGAUCGCGUGUCCACGGUGAUCUUCUUUCUGACCUCAACGCUCUACAUACUCUUCAGCUACCUGUUGCACGUGGCCACCAUUAACUCGCCGUUUGUGCGGUUCCAUGUGGAGGCCUGCUCCAAGAUCGUUUUGCGGCCGGAUGAGCAGGAGAUUGAUGGGGUUCCAAGUAGUACUCGAUAUGGGGUGCUCUCGAUGGACGGAACCCACACCACGACCACUUCGGUGGGACCUCCGGGCACUGGAAACACGCUUAGUUUUAGCAAUCCCGUCUACGAGUUAUCCAAUCCGACUGCCGGCGAGAGCAGCAUUGAAGCCCUCGGACAGCUGCCCGAGCUUCCGGCCACGCCCCCCGCACAGGAGCCCACAACGCCCACGACGGUGGCCUUCAAGGUGGAACACGUCAUCACCCCACGUCGCUGCCGGCCCAGUAAGUUGGGUGACAUCCGCGAGGGAUUCGUGACCCGAUGGCGGGUGGCCCAGGUGAUCUACCCGCACAUGGUGUGCAUUGCCUUGGCUUACUGCGUGACCCUCUCGUUGUAUCCCGGAAUCGAGGUUGAAGUGCAAUCCUGUGCUCUGCGCUCCUGGAUGCCCGUGCUGCUGAUGUUCUGCUUCAACACGUCGGACGUGGUGGGCAAGAUCCUGGCCGCCAGUCCAUAUCCAUGGUCGCGCCGCCAGCUGAUCCUGCUGUCGGGACUAAGGAUUGUGCUGGUGCCGCUCCUGCUCCUCUGCUGUGCUCCGCGCCAGCGUCCCGUGAUCUCCGGCGAAACGGCGCCCUUUGUCUUCACCAUCGCCCUGGGCAUCACGAAUGGACUGGCGGGCAGUCUGCCCAUGAUGUUGGCACCGGCAAAGGUGCCGGGAACGCUCAAGGAGGUCACUGGCAACAUAAUGACCUUGUCGUAUAAUGUUGGUCUGACUGUGGGCUCUCUGAUUGGCUACGUAUUCGAGAGCAUGCUGGGACCGCAGCUGGUGAAUCCGUGUCCCACAUAUCCCUAUGUGCCCGCCUCGAUGCUGGAACAGUUCCAUGGUCACGGGCAUGGACAUGGCCAUCUACCGCAUCCUCUGCCGCUGACUAGCACCAGUACGAUGAGUCCACCAACCACUGGGGCCACCACGCUGGCACCACUUCUGCUCAACACCACGCUGGCUACCCUUAGUAGCUCCAGUUCCACCACCAGCACCGCCAGCCCGGCACUGGCCACCGUGAUCACCACCACAGCUCUGGCGCUCUACAGCACGGUGGCCAGCGGAAGCGCCGAGGUGAUCAACGCCACCAUAUCAUCGAUCCUGUCCACGGUCAGCAGCUCGGUGGGCGAUAUCAGCGACGAGAUGACCACAGAUCCUCAGACGCCCGACGCACUGCUCGAGAAUAUCUAAGCGAUUUUUGAACUUAUUAAGACUUGAAUAGAGUCCAUGCGACAUUCUACACAGCCAUAUCUACACUAACAUGAUUCCGUUUACUUCAAUUGCAAAUCUCGACAUUUAAAAAGAUUGCUCGAGAAGUUUUGGGUACGUUGAGAAAAGUGUGAAAAAUUUAGAAUUUGAAUAAUGGUUGUUGGAAAGAAAAUCAUUGUUUGCAUCCACACUUAUCAACUUCACUGUUCGCCUUUUCAUGUCUGCGAAGAAUAACUUUCACUAGUAACUAGACUAAAAACAUAUGUUUUCGCCGAAGAAUGGUUAAAAUCUCAACAAUCUUAAAAUGAUGAUCAAUUUUCUAGCUCAUUGAUGUGGCUAAUGAAAUACGUAAAAUGUCAUAUUUUCCGAAUAUAUAUUUAAAGCUCAAGAAAUAAACAAGUGAACGAUGAUUCCAGUUAAUAGCAAGCGCAAAUUCUAACUAUAGGCAAUACUACUCCUGUGUACUAACUACUAUAUAUCUAUAUCUAUAAACUGUAUAGGGUACUUGUGAUUUCGGUUUGAUUUCAGCUGUUCUAGGGCCUUAAGUCUAGAAACCAAAUAUUAAUCUUCGAAUACUCGUAUAUACUCAAAACAAGUGCUAUGGAUUUCAAAUUGCAAAACCUGUUGACUUAGAUCAUAUGCUUAGGGUGAAUGGAUGGAUGUGCGGGCGAAUAAUUGAAUAAUUGCCUGUUUAUUUUUGUAAGAGUGAGAAUUGAUAGUUGCAUAUGCAGAAAAUCAUAAUAAAAUUACAAAAUGAAACCACAUCUGCGGGGGAGUAAGAAGUAAUAUUUUAAUUUUUUGGUAAAUGAGUAUGUGCGUAAAAUGAAUGUCGGAUACCAUAAGUGUUGUAAGCAUUAUAAGCCAUCAAGUGCAAAAGCUGGUCUAAACAUUAUUUGCUCUCACUUUAAUUAAUUUGGCUAAAUUGAUAGGAAGGUUAUGAAAACCUUUGUGUACCAUUUAGAAAAAAAUAUAAAAAAGAAACA